AUGCGGUUUUCCGGAUUUUGCUAUAACGAACAUUCUGUCCAGUGUAGGAUGAUUCUUCUUUCGAGGUUGAUUUUUCGAAGCUCGGUGAUGACUUCUGGCAAACAAAUGGUGGUAUACCAAUCCGCAGUAACAGUUCUUUGCUCAUUAAGAGGAAUUGUUGCAAUAUGACCCGCUUUUGACACAAAUGUCGCGACCAUCUUUUUCGAAACACUUCGAGAACGGAUGGCUUUUGUUGGCUUUUCUUCACCUUGGAACCCCAAACAGCCGACUGUGAUUUAUUUUCUGGUUCAUAACAGUAAAUCCACGAUUUAUCACCACCAGCAAUGCUGUACACAUUUUUUAAGUUUCCGGAAUUGAAACGGUCAAUCGUUUUUGUCACCAAUUAACCCUGGCUGCUUUCUGCUCUUCAGUCAACAGGUGGGGUAUCCAACGAGAAACUAAUUUUCUUACUUCUAAUUCUUCAUUUAAAAUUUUUUGAAUUGAGGUCUUUGAGAGGGACGCCUCAAUCUCGCGAUAUGUCACAUGUCUAUAUUCAACGAUGAGUUUGCGCACAGCAUCGUUGUUUUCCCGGGUGACUGCCGUUUUUGGUGCACCCACCCUGGGAUCGUCGCUAAGACUCACCCGUCCACGUUUAAAUUCUCCAUACCAACGGGAAAUUGUCGACUGAUGUGGCACUUCGUUGCCGAAAUCAAACAGUAACUCAGCAAGGCAUUGGGUGAGGUGAAUAAAACCAAGUAAGCACUUCAUAAGCAUUUACUUACGAGAAAAGUGUUGCCUUGA